GACAUACAAGUGCCAAACGGUGGCCACAAUGGGGACACACCGGACACCUAUCGCAUAAAGUUUCGUAACUCCCAGUUCCUGGUGUUAGUCAAUAGGAUACUGGCGUUUCUCAUAGCGUUCGUAGCGCUGCAGAUAAGCAACCGGCGCGACACACGCCCGGCCAGACCUGUCGCCAAAUGCGAGCCACCGCUACACCAAUACAUCUACUGUUCCCUAUCAAACAUACUGAGCAGUUGGUGCCAAUACGAGGCGCUUAAGUUUGUCAGUUUCCCCACUCAGGUGCUGUCGAAGGCGUGCAAAAUAAUGCCAGUGAUGCUGAUGUCUCAGGUGAUCGGCGGCAAAAAGUACCGGACCGUCGAGUACUUGUUCGCCAUAUCCAUCUCCAUCGGUAUGACUAUAUUCCUGUGGAACGACCACUCGGUCAACGGGUCGAGUAGUCAUCACCACAAAUUGGGCGCCGACAGUUCGGACUCGAGUUCGGGCCACUACUACGGCGGUCUGGCCAUACUGGCCCUGUACCUCACGUUCGACUCGUUCACGUCCAACUGGCAGACGGUGCUGUUCGACAGGUACAAGAUGUCGACCCUCCACAUGAUGGCGGCCGUCAACUUCUUCUCCAUACUGCUCACCUCCACGUCGCUCGUAGAGCAGGGAGACCUGGCGCCGGCCUUCCGUAUGGUGGCCCACAACGGCGACCUACUGGCCGACUGUGUGCUCCUAUCGGUGUUCUCGGCGGCCGGUCAGCUGUUUGUGUUCUACACGAUCUCCACGUUCGGGGCGCUGGUGUUCGUCACGAUCAUGACUCUGAGACAGGCGGUCGCCAUAUUGCUGUCGUGUCUGGUCUACGGGCACGCGUUGGGCGCCUGGGGUUCGCUCGGCAUUGUCGUCGUGUUCGCCACACUCUUCGCGCAGAUCUACUGGAAGUCCCGCUCCAAGAGAUGAUAACACGCGUACGCCUUCCCGGUGUGGCCGCCAGUUCUCGCGUGAAUUGGUUUUUCUAUUUAUAUUAAAUACGAGAAACGAUUUUAUAAUUUAUUUUUAUUGUUUAUAUAUAUUAUCUAUAUAUUAGGCGUGAAUUGAACACCGAAUUUAAUCUCAUAGCUGUUAAUGACUUAUGAAUUCGUGGGUUAUUAACGCAUUUUUGUACUCGUUUUCUAGUGUUUUAUGAAUUGUUUUUUAUUG